CCUACGCAAGAAGUGUCUGGCCACAGUAGUCGAGCAGUGUUUGAAAUUGGAUCACAUUCAUACCAGCCACAUCGCUGCUAGCUUACUCAACGCAACGGUUUUCUCAAGCAGAGUUCAUUUUGCUUUUAAUGCAACAAACAAAGAAAGCUUUAGCACAAACUUAGCGUUGGACCGUCAGAACACAUUCACACGGUGAGCCAUCAUGCCCUCAGGUCUCUCCAGUAAAGAUGUGGUGGUGGGCCCUGCUCCUUCCGGCUGCCCUUACACUGCCAAGCUCCACAGCAUGCAUCUCAAUGGGGACGCCAACCCCAACGGUACCGGCGUCUUGGUCCCAGGCUCCAAUGGUGAGAGCCACACGAGUGCUGAGGGCAAACCCAACGGCGAGGCCAACGGAGGGGCCGCUUUGAACGGCAAUGGCCCCCACAAGUUCCCCGCGAGCGUUGAGACAGUCAGCCACAAGGUCCAAAACGGGUCGGCCCUUGUGAACGGGAACGGCGUGGAGAACGACCGGGAGAGUGGGGAGGCCAGCCUGGAGAGGAACUGGAUCCGUCCGGACUUGCCCAGCAGAUGCACCUGGAGGCUGGGCAUGUCUCACGCCAAUUCGCCCCACAGCCACCCUGAACGGACCAAACCCCCUGGCAUCCUGCCCAACAUCCUCUGCCGAAUUGGUGACACGCCUCUGGUUCGCAUGAACAAGGUCAACAAAGUCUUCGGCCUCAAAUGUGAACUCUUGGCCAAGUGUGAGUUCUUCAACGCGGGCGGCAGUGUGAAGGACCGGAUCAGCCUGAGGAUGGUGGAGGAUGCCGAGAAAGCGGGCCUCCUCAAGCCCGGAGACACCAUCAUCGAGCCCACCUCUGGCAACACGGGUAUCGGCCUGGCUCUGGCCUCGGCUGUGAAGGGCUACCGCUGCAUCAUCGUCAUGCCUGAGAAGAUGAGCAUGGAGAAGGUUGACGUGCUUCGAGCCCUGGGCGCGGAAAUCGUGCGCACGCCCACCGCCGCCCGCUUCGACUCGCCCGAGUCGCACGUGGGCGUGGCCUGGCGCCUGAAGAACGAGAUCCCCAACUCGCACAUCCUGGACCAGUACCGCAAUCCCAGCAACCCCUUGGCCCACUACGACACCACCGCCGAGGAGAUUUUGGAGCAGUGUGGCGGUAAAGUGGACAUGCUGGUGGCAGGAGCUGGCACAGGGGGCACCAUCACUGGAAUUGCACGCAAGCUGAAGGAGAAAUGCCCCAAUAUCAAGAUCGUGGGGGUGGACCCGGAAGGCUCCAUCCUCGCCGAGCCAGAAGACCUCAACAAGACGGAUAAGACCCAGUACGAGGUGGAGGGCAUUGGAUACGACUUCAUCCCAACCGUCCUCGAUAGAGCUGUGAUUGACAGCUGGUACAAGUCCAAUGACGAGGACUCUUUCGCCAUGUCGCGCAUGCUAAUCAAGGAGGAGGGGCUUCUGUGCGGGGGCAGCUCCGGCACAGCCAUGGCCGCCGCCGUGAGGGUGGCCCAGGAGCUGAAGGAGGGCCAGCGUUGUGUGGUCAUCCUGCCGGACUCCAUCCGCAACUACAUGUCGAAGUUCCUGAGUGACAAGUGGAUGUGUGAGAAGGGCUUCCUCAGCCCAGAGGACCUGAUGGUGUCCAAACCCUGGUGGUGGAACCUGACUCUGCAGGGUCUGAACCUGUGUGCCCCCCUCACUGUCCUCCCCUCCGUAACCUGCCAGAAGACCAUCAGGAUCCUGAAGGAGAAGGCCUUUGACCAGGCCCCCGUGGUGGACGAGUCUGGUCUGAUCCUGGGGAUGGUGACUCUGGGUAACAUGCUGUCCUCUGUCCUGGCUGGGAAGAUCAAGCCUUCUGACCCUGUCAGCAAGGUGCUCUACAAGCAGUUCAAACAGGUGCGACUGACAGACAACCUGGGCAAGCUGUCUCGUAUCCUAGAGACGGACCAUUUUGCCCUGGUGGUGCAUGAGCAGAUGCAGUACAUGGCUGACGGCUCUGUCUGCACCCGGCAGAUGGUGUUUGGCGUGGUGACAGCCAUCGACCUCCUCAACCACAUCACCACGCGCGAGAGGCGCGAGCGCACGCUGUCCGAGUGCUCGCUGUCCUCGCUCACCGACGACAUGUGACAACUUCCUGCCGAAGGCACGAGGAGCAGGAGGAGGCGGCCAUAACCAGUCACCGAGACGCAGCCCUCAAGCAUCAGCGAGAGGGGAUGGUGUUGACGUGGCUGGGGUUGUUGGGUGUUUUUGUUGGCCGUCUGUUUGGGCUACGUCUGUCUCUUGUUUAUCUGGCUGUAGGUAAGGAUUCGCUGUUGGUGUAUGCUGCCGGUGAGGUGCUUAACUGCGUUUUUUUCCAAAGCUUUACAGUCGUUUUUCUGCUCGCAGUUCAAAUGGAGAAGUGAAAUCACAGGACAGUGCGUCGUCAAAGGCACUAUAGGUCUUUUGAGUGGACUGAUUUCAUCAAAUCUGUUAUCUGUUGUUUACUUGAACUCAAAAUGACAUAGAUUAGGAUUUACCCUUUUCUUUUUCAAAGUAUAAAAUCAAGAUGAAUAUCUAAGUAUUUGAUCACUUACAGCUGCCAUUAAGAGGUGAUGACUUCAUGUACAUAAAUAUUAAUAAUCGUUUCAGUUCUGUCUUUGCUUUCUAUUAGUGAGAGAGAUUAAGAUGAUUGGUCUAAAGAGAGUUCUGCUUUGUGGCUAGAGAGGGAGAGAAUUGUAUUUAUUUCCAUUUCCAAGCACACCUGGUAGAACAGGCUUAGGUGGGUUUGGCUAGCAACCAAACUGCAACCCACACAGUUGUAGUUGUGUUGGGGGAUUUAUUAUUCUUGUAUUGAAGCAAGAUUUUUAAGUAUGUGUUAGACAGUAGAGGGAGAAUGUUUGAGGAGGUGGAGCCAAGGCCAGCUGACAGAGCAAGUCUUUUAUAGAGGCUUGCCCUGACCAAGUGUUGGGUUUGACUUGGUUCUAAUUGUGACUUGUUUUUGCUAUUCUCUGUACUUUAAGUUAAUAUGAUCAUCAUUACUGUGAUGCUUGGCAAUGGAUCCCGAGUGCUGGUUUGAAACCAUGAUAGUGGAGAUGGGUGUGCAUGGACACAGAACGUUCAGAAACCAAAUGACCACUGUCGGUUCCCUUCCACAUCUUUACUUUGGGUCCAGGUCGAGUGAAUUUCUUAAUCUUGAUUUUAUGUUGAUUCAAGUUCUAUUAUGUAAUUAUAGUACUGCUGGCUUUCAAUAAAGAUGACAUCUUUUUCUGCCA